GGGGGAGCUGGGGAUGGCGAGCGGGAAGAGCGCCUGGACACCCGGAGAGCGGGCAGCCUUCUGCCUCCGGAGCCCCGCGCUUCUCCCAACCGCUUGGCAGGUCCUCCGAAGCCUGGAGUCAAUCAGUGGUUCUGCCUGUUCCAAGGGCGGAGCGGAAACAGGCAGUGGUCCUGUCAAGUGGAUGUCCUGAUUCCCUAUUCUGACUCUAGAGAAGACUCCGCCACAGAUUGCUGCAAUGUCUGUAUCUAAUCUAUCAUGGUUGAAGAAAAAGUCCCAGUCAGUGGAUAUUACUGCUCCAGGGUUCAACCCUUUAGGUGGUGCAGGGAAGCAAGCACCACAAGCCAGCAAGCCCCCGGCACCCAAGACCCCCAUCAUCGAAGAAGAACAGAACAACUCAGCAAACACCCAGAAGCAUCCUUCCAGAAAAAGUGAACUGAAGAGGUUCUAUACCAUUGACACUGGCCAAAAGAAGACCCUAGACAAGAAAGAUGGGAGAAGGAUGUCUUUUCAGAAGCCUAAAGGAACUAUUGAAUAUACUGUUGAAUCAAGGGAUUCUUUGAAUAGCAUAGCCCUGAAAUUUGAUACCACACCCAAUGAACUUGUUCAGUUAAAUAAGUUAUUCUCCCGAGCAGUCGUGACUGGACAGGUUUUAUACGUUCCUGAUCCUGAAUAUGUCUCUAGUGUUGAGAGUUCCCCAUCCCUAAGCCCUGUAAGUCCUCUGUCGCCAACGUCAUCUGAAGCUGAAUUUGAUAAAACCACUACUCCCGAUGUAGUCCAUCCAAAAGAAGCGCCUCCUUCAUCUGCUGUGAGCGGUAUUCGGCCUGCAAGAGUUGUGUCUUCAACUUCUGAAGAAGAGGAAGCAUUUACUGAGAAAUUUCUUAAAAUUAAUUGCAAAUACAUCACCGUUGGCAAGGGCACAGUCAGUGGCGUCCUGCUAGUCACACCAAAUAACAUAAUGUUCGACCCACACAAGACAGACCCAUUGGUUCACGAGAACGGCUGUGAGGAAUACGGCAUCAUGUGUCCAAUGGAGGAGGUGAUGUCAGCUGCCAUGUACAAAGAGAUUUUGGAUAGCAAAAUAAAAGAGUCACUGCCCGUAGAACUAGAUCAGUUGUCAGGAAGGGGGUUCUGCCAUUCAAAGAAAAUGACAGGAGCCACUGCCGAGGACCCAGACUCGAGAACGCGGGACCAGGGGAACGACAGUGGCAGCACUGCCCCCAGGAGCACUGAGGAGUCUCUCUCGGAGGACGUUUUCACCGAGUCAGAACUCUCUCCUAUCCGCGAGGAGCUGCUCUCCUCAGAGCUGAGACAGGACAAGUCAUCAGAUGCCUCGUCAGAGUCUGUGCAAACUGUCAGUCAGAUGGAAGUACAGUCCUCGUCAGCCACGUCGGAGGCUGCUAAUGUUCCUGACCGCACUAGCUCUAAUACUGGAUGUUCUUCGAAUGAAGCUGGGGCUUUAUCUCAUGAAACUGGCUUAAGUGGUCUGGAAAUAGCCACUAAAGGAGGAGAUAAAGCUACAGAAAACCUUCAGGAAGUCUCAGGCCCUAAAGAACAAAGCACAGAUGUAAAAGGUCAGGAGAACCAGGAAUCUUUCCACCAUGAAAAUUCACGGCAGCAAGAGGCAGCUGAAGACAGUGUAUCUUCUGGAGAAACAGUAGAACUGAAAGAAAAGCCAACUGUUACUGUUCUUAAGGAUCAACAAGGGAAGGAGCUAAAACGGGACUCAGAGACAGAAGUAGAGGAGCUUCGCAAACUCUGGAAAACUCACUCUAUGCAGCAAGCCAAGCAGCAAAGGGACACGAUUCAGCAGGUGUCACAGAGAGAGAGUAAACCCAGAAGCGCAGCUGCAGACGCACACGGAGAAGGCUCCUCGCUGUUAAAGGAAAAGCGAAGGCAUCGAUUACAUAAGUUCCUAUGUCUCAGAGUCGGAAAACCAAUGAGGAAGACAUUUGUAUCGCAAGCAAGUGCUAUGAUGCAACAGUAUGCACAGAGAGAUAAAAAACACGAAUAUUGGUUUGCAGUGCCACAAGAAAGGACAGACCAUUUGUAUGCCUUCUUCAUUCAGUGGAGUCCAGAAAUCUAUGCAGAAGACACAGGUGAAUACACCAGAGAGCCUGGAUUUAUAGUAGUCAAAAAGAUGGACGAGUCUGAAGCAAAUGAAGCCCCUGCUGGUGAAGCAGCAGCCAGGGAGUGGGAGGUAGUGUCGGUGGCUGAGUAUCACCGCAGGAUCGAUGCUCUAAACACUGAAGAACUGCGCACACUCUGCAGACGGCUCCAGAUUACUACAAGGGAAGACAUCAGCUCAAAGCAGGUUGCUCCAGCAAAAGCAGACCUGGAGCCUGAAUCUUUCCGGCCAAACCUAAGCGACCCCAGUGAACUCUUACUGCCUGAUCAGAUUGAAAAGCUUACUAAGCACCUUCCACCGAGAACCAUUGGCUACCCAUGGACUCUUGUGUACGGUACUGGGAAGCAUGGUACAAGUUUGAAGACCCUUUAUCGAACAAUGACAGGUUUAGACACGCCGGUGCUGAUGGUGAUUAAAGACAGUGAUGGACAGGUUUUUGGUGCAUUAGCAUCAGAGCCAUUUAAAGUAAGUGAUGGCUUUUACGGUACUGGAGAAACAUUUGUUUUCACAUUCUGUCCAGAAUUUGAGGUCUUUAAGUGGACAGGAGAUAAUAUGUUUUUUAUCAAAGGAGACAUGGAUUCAUUAGCAUUUGGUGGUGGAGGAGGGGAAUUUGCUCUUUGGCUUGAUGGAGAUCUCUACCAUGGAAGAAGCCAUUCCUGUAAAACGUUUGGGAAUCAUACACUUUCUAAGAAGGAAGAUUUCUUUAUCCAAGACAUUGAAAUCUGGGCUUUUGAAUAAACACAGUACUCUUGGUUGUAGCAGGACAUCGGCCCAAACCUGAAUGGACAAACGCAUCGUUUGGAAUGUUCAAGAAGCAAUACAAUUAAUAUGUCACUCGUGCUUUAAAGUCAGUCUGUUUGGCCAUUUACUGCAACUAUAGUUUGGGAGUUUAUUUUUCCAAUCCUGUUUCUGUCCCAGAGUUCUUUUGUUUACACCAUGGCCUGGGAUCCAGUAGUGUAACAGCAGUGGAAUUUGUCAUGGGAUCCAGUAGUAUAACAGCAGGUGGGAUUUGUCAUGGGAUCCAGUAGUGUAACAGCAGUGGAAUUUGUCAUGGGAUCCAGUAGUGUAACAGCGGUGGGAUUUGUCAUGGGAUCCAGUAGUGUAACAGCGGUGGGAUUUGUCAUGGGAUCCA